CACUGGUGGGCUGGGACCUGGACAGUGAGGCGAGGAGGCCGGGAGGGAGCUGUACCUGUGGAGGCAGCAGCUCUUGGCGGGGAGCGCCCAGGGACUUGCUGCUCGUGGUGUGGAGGCAUCACUAGCCCAUGGCAACAGAGGGGCUGGACCGGAGGGAGCACGAUGUGGCUAAGGAGGAGGAGAGGAUCCUCAUACUCAGUGAAAUCUGGAGGCCGUGGCCAAAGACCCGCAGGAGAGUCCAAGGCUGCCUGGACUGCGUGAAGCGCCAGCUGUUCCGCGUCGGCGAGGACUGGUACUUCCUCUUCGCUCUAGGGGUGAUAAUGGCCAUGAUCAGCUUUGUCAUGGAUUUCACCGUCACCACAUUGCUGAAUGCACACCGGUGGCUUUACCAAGAGCUGGGGGAUUACUUAGUGCUGAAGUACCUGUCCUGGACCAUGUACCCCAUUGCCCUGGCUGCUUUCUCCACUGGCUAUGCACAGAGCAUCACUCCGCAUUCGGGAGGCUCUGGCAUCCCGGAGCUCAAGACCAUUCUCACUGGGGUCAUGCUGGAGGACUACCUGGCCAUCAAGAACUUUGGAGCCAAAGUGGUGGGGAUGACUUGCACCUUGGCCGCUGGGAGCACCAUCUUCCUUGGCAAAGUCGGUCCCUUCGUCCACAUUUCCAGCAUCAUGGCUGCCUAUUUGGGGAAGAUUCGGACGUCAGUCAUCGGGGAGUACGAGAAUAAAAGCAAGCAGAAUGAAAUGCUGGUGGCAGGAGCUGCUGUUGGGGUCUCGACUGUCUUUGGGGCUCCCAUUAGCGGGGUGCUGUUCAGCAUUGAGGUGGUGUCUUCUCACUUUGCUGUCAGGGACUACUGGAGGGGCUUCUUCUCGGCCACCUGCGGAGCCUUCAUGUUUCGCCUCCUGGCCGUCUUCAACAACGAUCAAGAAACCAUCAUGGCUCCCUUCAAGACCAACUUUAAGAUCGAUUUCCCCUUUGACCUCCCAGAGAUAUUCUUCUUCAUGGUUGUUGGGGUGAUCUGUGGGACUAUAGGCUGUGCGUAUCUCUUCUGUCAGCGCUGGCUCCUGGGAUACGUCCGGAGGAACAAGCUCACCGCCCAGCUGCUGGCAACGGACAAGCCGCUGUACUCUGCCUUGGUGGCCCUCGUGCUGUCCUCCAUCACCUUCCCUCCCAGCCUGGGGCAGUUCAUGGCUUCCAGGCUCACCAUAAAGGAGUACCUCUCCUCCCUCUUUGACAACCAGACCUGGGGUGCCCUUUCCCAGAACGCCUCGCUGGCCAGGCCUCCUCAAGUUGACCCAGAAAACCUCUGGAUGGAGUGGUGGGACCCUAACAUCACCAUCUAUGGCAAUUUGAUGAUUUUCAUAGUGUUGAAGUUCUGGAUGAUGAUCUUGGCCACUACCAUGCCAAUGCCAGCUGGGUACUUCAUGCCGAUCUUUGUGUACGGUGCUGCAAUUGGGCGUUUGAUCGGGGAAGUGGUGGCCUUUCUCUUCCCCCAUGGCAUCAAAUUAGACGGCGCCGCUAACCCCAUUGUUCCUGGAGGGUAUGCGCUGGCUGGGGCAGCAGCGUUCUCAGGCUCCGUCACUCACACCAUUUCCACCGCCUUGCUGGUUUUUGAGGUCACUGGGCAGAUUGCCCACAUCCUGCCCGUCAUCAUGGCCGUGCUCAUUGCUAACGCUAUUGCCCAGAAGUUCCAGCCCUCCUUCUACGACGGCACCAUCAUAGUGAAGAAGCUGCCCUAUUUGCCCCGGAUCAGGAGCAGGCACAUUGACUCCUACCGUGUGACCACCGACCAGUUCAUGAACACUGAUUUUGCCGUCCUGCCCAAGGGGGCCACUUUUGAGGAAAUCCUCCAAGUCGUGACUUCUACGGAUGACUUGGAGUAUCCCAUCGUGGAAAGCGCAGAGUCCUUGUUGCUGGUGGGCACGGUACCAAGAUCUGAGCUGGUCAAAUUCCUCCAGACCCAUGAAGAUGCCAAGCUGUCUUCCCAGGAGGCUGGGGAGAAGGACAAGGUGCUCUGCAGCGGGACACUAGGAGAAGACUGCACCAUCAACCCCAUCACGUUCCAGCUGUCUCCUUGCACCUCUCUGCACCAGACCCACCACCUGUUCGAGCUGCUGAAUCUGCAGCGUGUCUUCGUCACCUCCCUAGGGAGAGUCGUCGGGGCUGUCUCAAGGAGCGAGGUGAAGAAGGCGAUAGAAGAUCUGGCAAAUCCGAAGACAGGCAAGUGAGAGACUCUGAGCCUUGGACAACAGCCCGCUCCCUGUGCCCUGCCUCACCCCCAUCCCUGCAGCAACGAUCAGGGCCAGGGAGAGACACAGAUCCAGUGCUGGAAGGAGACCACAUAGCUUGCUCCCCCAAAACCAUUUCUUGUACAUUAAAGUGUUCCUCAAAG